CGUAAAGUCGAUGGCUGUGCGCGCACACACACGCAGCGCAUCAUUUCGGGGAACCGCUGCUGUCGGACGCGUUGCUUGGAGUGAGAGUGCGGGCUACGGAUGAUCUAUGGAGAGAUGCCCCUCUCAGACCGGAGCAAACCUGUGCUUUUGUCUCAUCCACGAGCUGCGAGUGCACCUGAAAAUGAGAGGCGCGCGCCGCAGUCGUUGACCUGCCCGUUUGCCGGUUGGUGGUAAGAUUAUAAGGUUCCGACUUUACGCGGACUGUUUUCGGUGGCCGUUGUAGUCUCAGUUGGAUAUGGCACACAUCUGGAUCCAGUAACAGCAUUUUGCAGCGUCAGACGCGUCCGCGGCAGGUGGGGCAGACCAGCGCGGGGACUGGACUCGGGAACUUGUGUGGUGCAGGACACGGUCUCUCUUUUCGAAUCGGCGCUGCCGCGGCGAGAGAACGAAAGCGCGCGCACAAAAGAGAGAGAGAGAGAGAGGGAGAGAGAGAGGGAGAGAGAGAGAGAGAGAGAGAACCAUGGUCAACUGCCUCCUACUGAUGCUCAGCUGGACCGUGAUCUCCGGGGUGGCUAGAGCUCAGAAUGACACGGAGCCCAUUGUCCUGGAGGGGAAAUGCCUCGUGGUCUGCGACUCUAACCCGACCGCGGACUGGAAGGCUUCGUCCUCCCCGCUGGGCAUCUCGGUGCGCGCCGCCAACUCCAAGGUGGCUUUCUCUGCGGUCCGCAGCAACAACCACGAACCGUCGGAGAUGAGCAACAAAACCAGAAUAAUCUACUUCGACCAGGUUCUUGUGAAUAUAGGAAACUACUUCACGUUUGAAUCCGUAUUUUUGUCCCCAAGAAAAGGAAUCUACAGUUUUAACUUCCAUGUCAUUAAAGUGUACCAGAGCCAAACCAUACAGGUGAACUUGAUGUUGAAUGGCAAACCGGUCAUCUCCGCCUUCGCGGGGGACAAAGACGUCACCCGCGAGGCGGCCACCAAUGGAGUCCUGCUCUAUCUGGAAAAAGAGGACAAAGUCUACUUAAAGCUGGAGAAGGGAAACCUUGUGGGUGGAUGGCAGUACUCAACGUUUUCUGGCUUUCUUGUGUUCCCUCUGUAAAAUGAAAAGAAAAUAACGUGUCCCCCACUGUAUAAUCAAAACGUGGCUGCUGCGUCCAGUUUUGGAUCUCACCAAGAUGUUGAAAAAGUGGAUUUUGAACAAUUGAGGGGAAAAAUGGGACUUUGCAAAUCGUUCACCUUCACUGGAUGCGUCAAGAUGAAAGACACUUAAAUGUUCCCUAUUGCUAAAUGUACGUUCCUGUCACUCAAGCAGCCUCGGGAAGAGUAACGCUACCACAUCCCAAAAAGUCAUUUUCAAAACUACGCCUUAAUAUAUUCAGCAUAGGGAUUUUUUAUCAUGGCAACUGUUGCAUUGGAGUGUACCUGCUUUUCUGGUUGUAAACUGUAAAUGCUUGUGUGGCAAAUUCAUUUUCACAACAAAAGGAGGUCGACACCUAUCAAAAAGUGCAUCCAGCGCGGACGGAUUUUCAAAGACGCCUGCUUGCCACAGGCUACACCCCCCCCCCCCCCC